AUGCUAGAAAAUCUGUUACAACGUGCACAGUCGGCUCAAGAAAAGGUGGCCGGCACCAGCGUCCCUCCGAAGAAGAGUUUUCAUUCACGAAUAGCAGCGAGUGCAGCUGCUUCCGAAGGCAAGUCAUCCGCUCCGUCUUGUCUUGCAUGUUCCGAGAGUCACUAUCCUUUCCAGUGUCCGGCCUUUGGCAAUAUGGCCAUCAACCAACGUCGUGAGUUAAUCUCCCAAAGAAAGUUAUGUUCGAAAUGCUUCCGCACUGGUCAUGCGGCUAGAAGUUGCGGAUCAAAGUUCACAUGCCGCAUCUGUCGAGAUCGCCAUCGUACGUUGCUACACGAUUCCAACUCGUCAUCCAAAAGAUCUGUUACUCCAGCAGUGACGUCGACCCCUCCAGCCGAGCAACCGAAUCCACCCACGUUGCCAAAUGUGGGAAAUGCAGGACCUGCCACUCUCCAAAAACUUGCCAAUCUUCUUUCCAAUCGUCAAUCCAAGGUUGAUAUCGAUGUGGCAGGAAUCGGUCAGUCCAUGAAAAAACUGAAGCGGACUGUAACUGCCACCGUAAGGUCUCGAAUUCCGGCGUUUUCUACGAAGCACGAGUUUUUAGUCAUCGAUAAACCUACCACCAAUCUACCUACAAUGCCAGUGCCUACAUCAUCGUGGAAAUUUCCAGAUAUAAAUCUUGCCGAUCCGCAGUUUCACACUCCCAGCCAAGUGGACGUCGUUAUAGGCGGAGAAACAUACUGGGAGCUCCAUACUGGCAAAAAGAUGUCUCUUGGACCAGGUCAACCACAAGUUAUCGAAACCCUUUUCGGUUGUACUGUAUCUGGUCCAGCCCCGCACAAUUCAUCCAUUGCAUCACCCAGAUGUUUUCUGACUGCCACUGACGACCGCCUUGAGGUCGUUCCUCAACGGUUUUGGGAAAUGAAAACAAUCGUCGAUCAACCUACCCAUUCAACUACAGAAAAACGAUGUGAGGAUUGGUACACAGCAACUACAAUUCGCGAUUCGUCCGGUCGUUACAAAGUUCGCCUGCCCAAGUUGAACGAUCCUGAAAUCGUUUUAGGCGAAUCUAGGGCGAUAGCAACACGAAGGUUACUUAGUCUUGAAUGUCGAUUAGAGAAAGACACCAACGUGAAGUCAGCCUACCAUAUUUUCAUGGACGAAUAUGAGCGCCUUGGUCACAUGAAACGACUGAACGAGCCAAGGAACAUUGCUAUUUGCCACAUCAUCCCGUCUUCAAACUUUCCAGCACUAAAACGAAAACGAGGGUGGUGUUCGACGCGUCGUGCAAGACGACAUCGGGAUUCUCUUUAA